CGUGAGGCGUAGAGAGCAAGCUCUAUAUGCCGCGGCUCGACGAUCUGAUCGCCGAAUCCGCGCCAGCGGCCUCGGCGUCGUCGGAGGCCGCCGCCAGCGCACCGGAGCCAGACGAGCACGACCGGGCCGCUCUUGAGGAACAGCUGGGCGUCCGCGAGCGAAGGAGGCACCAGACAAACUCCGCCGAUGUGGUUCAGCAGAAUCUGCGGCUGAAACCCAACGGGGAGCUUGCCGCGGACUCCGACGACGACGACUGGAUGGACGGCCCUCAGCGCGCGGGGGGCGGCCGCUGCGUGCCGCUUCUGCUUGCGAGCCUCGCGCUGACCAUCUUGGGCACGGCGGGGCUGGGGUUGGCGCAGAUGUACGCGCCGUGGCCCGUGGAGUGCGAUGCGAUCUCGGUCAACGCACGCCGCUUCAAGGUGGACGUGUCCGACUUUUGGGCGCCUCGGCUGCAGUCGACCGUCCAGUUUGUCCUCGAGCUUCGCAACCGGAACCCGCUGCGGGCGAUGGUGCUCGAGAGCUGCAAGCUCGAGGUCUUCGAGGCGGCGACCGGCCUCCGCCUCGGCAGCGUGCAGCAGGGCCCAGCCCUCGUCUCGCCCUUCAACUCGCGCCCCGUCACGCUCGCCCUAAAGGACUUUGGCUCCUCGCUACCGCCGCCGGAGCAGCGGCGCAUCUCGGAGCUGUUCCUGCGGCACAAGGACCGUGCUCUCGCUCUUAGACACUUCCUAGACACUCCCGAGACUCUUCCUGCGGCACAAGGACCGUGCUCUCGCCAGCAGCCUCGGCUCUCUCCAGCGGCAGAGCAGGCACCCUCCUCCUCAGGCGCUGCUCCUGACCAUCGUCGCGACGAGCCUGUCCAAGAUCCCCUCCUCCUCCUCCUCCUCCUCCUCGUCGUCGUCGUCUAAGCCGAAGGAGGCAACGACGCAGACCUCGACCAAGGCGGACGCGAGUGCCUAGCUGCUAGCAGCGAGUAGCUACCAGCGAGUCGCUCUUAGCGAGUGGCGCGAGGAGCGAGUGGCGCGUGGCGAGUGAGGCUUGUCGCUUCGGCAGGCGCUGCGGCUCGAGCUUCGGAAGGAGGCGCGGGACCCGUUCUUCCAGCGACCCGCCCCGAAGGCGCAGGAGUCGCCACCGCCGGAGGGGGGCGUGCACGAUGUGCCGGUCUGAGCGCUGGGCCGCUCGUUGGUAUGAGUUGCAGGAGGGGAGCGGUGCGGUGUCGCGCCUGCGGGGUGCAGCCAGGGUUGCGAUCGUGUGAGGUGUGUAGGAGGGGCGAGGAAAGCCCGGCGAGAGCGGUCGUGGUGGAGUCUGGAGAGGUUAGAUUGGUUUCUUUCGCAGUCGAUAUAUUGAAUUGAUCGU